GAUAGUGUAAGGUCAGAGCCAACCGUCGGUCCGUCAGUCGAGAACGAACGGGGAUAUCGACAUCAUCGCAUCUGACACUGCACACUACUCACCCGUAGACCGGACGAAGAUCCCAUCAGCAGGCGAGCGAGCAAGCGAGCAGACAGGCAGAGGACUCUGGCAGUGGUGGACUGAGUUUUUUUCACCUAUUAUAAUUCAUGGGUUUUAUUUUUAUGUUCGGAUAUUCCAAUAAUAUCGCGACGCGUGGAGAAUAAAUAGCGUGCAACUUUAAAAAUAAAAGUGGAAGUACGGUAAUAACAACAAACAAGCGGUGUGGUAUUAAUAGUGCGAAUGUUUUGAAACAUAAGAAGGUGAUUUUAGACGAAAAGGAGGUGUGUUCUUUGGUUCAUAUUUUUAAUCGACGACCGGCGAUUGAUUUUUACUGUGCAUUGGUCGCGGUGCGGUGUUUGCUCGAAACUGCGGUAGAUUGAUGGGGUAAUUUGAUUUGCUAUAAAGCACUAAGCGGAAAACAGUUUUUUUUUUGCUGGGCAAUCGAAAGGAUAUUACUUAGCGAGCUCUAAACGAAUGAACGAACGAACGAAAGAAAGUUUUGGCGAACAACGGAAAACCUUUAAUCGAAAGUGAGAGCUACUUCCCGACCGAAUAGAAAAGAGUAGACGCAAAAUAAGUGAAAAAGUACCUUAGUGUGUCCGUGUCGAUUCAAAGGCUCCGAUUCCGAAUCAGAGAAAGUGAGAAGAAAACAAACGGGAAAAUCGAAUCCUAUUGAAAUUUGAUUGCCAUGGAAAAGUGAAGAGUGCUCGGUAGAAACGUGGAAAUAUUGAAUUACCUUUAACCUUCCUGCCCGGAAUGUUAUGUACUCGAUAGAGGUGCCCUCCAUUUCCCCAUUCACAACGUCGUCAUCGUCAUCAUCAUCAUCAUCAUUAUCAUCAUCGUCGUGGUCGACAUCGUCUGUGUCGUUGUUAUUAUUGGUGUGCCCAAUUUGAGUGGGUGGUGGAAAAUACCCACGCUUUUCACCUUGACUCGCUGGUUGGUUGGUGUAGCGUCGGCGACGGUGGCGGCAUUCGGUCGUGUGUUUGUGUUAGUGCGCGGCCGAAGGUCCAGGAGCGCUAGUGCUGCUGCUUUUGAUAUUGCCUGUUUCAACGGCGAAGAGAUUUAUCCGAUGAUGAUACCGAUCGUGUGAGCAUGGUGACAUAGCGAAUUGAAGGUCCUUUUUCCAUAAUCUGAAUAAGCUGACGAUUUUAUCCAGUGCGAAAACGGGGAAUAGUGGCGAGUUGCAUAAUACACGACCGACCGUCGGACGACGACGACGACAGAGGCCCACUAACCGUCGGAAUAUCGGGAGGUAAACAAGACUAUCGUUCUGUUGUCGAUUGGUGCAGCAGAAAUAAAGCAGUGGCGGCGGAAUUCCUCUUUCGACCUAGGACGAGCGGCGACGGAGCUGAGCUUUUUGUGUUCGCCCGCGCGUCAGCCAGGAGAAGAGGAAUCAGUGGUCGGAAAAGCGACUGUGCUGUAAUAGAGUCGAGUGUGUUUUAAGGGUGCGGAAGUGCCAUUUUCUUCCAAAGAGCAAAGAGUGUCGUAAACAAGCCCGGAAAGGGCGAAGAAAUCACAGAGUAACUGCUACUGCGGGGAGUGUGCUAUUUAUUCCCGGUUACCAACCGACCCGGCGACUGUUGGGUUGUAAACAGUGUGCAGCGUGACAUUUUCGGUUUCAUUUUCACUGUUUUUUUCCUUGCAUUUGUUGAAGUGCCUGUGGUGGUAUAACUGGAGUAGUCAGCCAAAACAAUCCGGUAAAACUGGAGAACGUAAAUUAGCAACUUGGUUAACACGCGGCAGCAGUUGAGCGGAGAAGAUGGGUAGAAAAAAGAUACAGAUCUCACGGAUAACGGACGAGCGGAACCGGCAGGUGACGUUCAACAAGCGAAAGUUCGGCGUGAUGAAGAAAGCGUACGAACUGUCGGUGCUGUGUGACUGCGAAAUCGCCUUAAUUAUCUUCAGCAGCAGUAACAAGCUGUACCAGUACGCCAGCACCGACAUGGACAAGGUCCUGCUGAAGUACACCGAGUAUAACGAGCCGCACGAGUCGCUGACGAACAAAAACAUAAUCGAGUUGCAGGUAAACGCGCAGAAAGAGAACAAAAAUGGCACCAUGUCACCGGACUCGCCGGAGCCGGACGACAACUACACCCUGACGCCACGCACCGAAGCCAAGUACAACAAAAUCGACGAGGACUUUCAGAUCAUGAUGCAGCGCAAUCAGCAGCAGUCGGUCAGCGGACGGAUCAAUAUGGGAAGUAAUAGUUACUCGCUGCCGGUGUCGGUGCCGGUGAUCGGGACGUACAAUGAUUCCAGCAUGCUGCAGAGUAGUCCCCAGAUGGCACACAAUAGUAUUAGUCCGCGGCCUUCCAGUUCGGAGACGGAUUCAGGUGGGUUCUUUCCACUUUUAGUGUACCCCUCCGGUGGACUCCUGGAGAUGUCCAACGGAUACCCGCACUCAGCGUCGCCCCUCGGAGGAUCUCCUAGUCCCGGGCCAAGUCCAGGUAUUGGCACCCAUCAGCAUAACAAUAGUAACCAUAACCAUAACCAUAACAAAAUGCAACAUCAAUCGAUGAAACAAAGUCCACCGGGAAGUUCCAGCGCGCGAUCAUCUAACCUUCGGGUGGUGAUACCGACGCCGAUGAAUGCGACCAUCAACGCUGACGAUAUUUCCUACGUAGAGCAACACUCGCGACAACAGGGCAACUUGAAUACACCGGUGGUAGCGCUACAGACACCGAUCCCGGGACUGUCCAACUACACGACAACGCUGGGUUCGUUCGGUGCGCAAGAUUUCUCGAUCAAUUCCGACCUGAGCAUGAUCGCGUCGUGGGGCGCCGCGGCAGCUAACAAUGCUGCCAAUUCGUUGGGGCAGCACUCCAGAAUCUUUUUCAGUAGUGGUCUACCCCAUCUAGCCGUGUCGAACAGUACUCCCCCACCGUCCACUUCACCGCUGUCGGUGAAGAUUAAGGCGGAACCGAUAUCGCCUCCCCGGGAGCACCACUCAUCGUCGUCCCACCACCAUCACAGUAACCUGAGCGGUGCUGGUGGAGGCGGUGGAGGUGGCGGCGGCGGAGGAGGAGGAUCAGGAGCAGGAAGUGGCAUGCACGGACAGAACAGCAACCAUCAGCUGGCGGUGACCUCGAUGGCUUCCGUGGGCCACAGUAAUUCGUCCGUGUCACUCGGCAGCAGUUUGAACCAUUCGCACCUGAUACAUUCGAGGCCUUCGUCGACGGGGCACCUAACUCCGACGCCAGGUUCCCCUCUGUUUUCAGGUUCCGUCACACCCACCAAUGCACCUUCACCGGUCGACAUCCGGCACAUCUCCGUCGGUGGUGGUCACCUGCCCGAUUACGACUCUCCAGUGUCCUCGAACGCCCAUAAAAGACCAAGAAUAUCCGAGGGUUGGGCCACAUAGCCCUCGAAGGGUGGCGGCGGUGUCCAGCAACAGCAGCAGCAACAGUGUUUCCUCGACGACAACUCUAACCAGAUCCAGCUGGCUAACGACAUGGGUGGCGCAAGUGGUGGCGGUGGUGGUGAGAACGAUUUUGCCCGGAAGUUGCAACACCAGCAGCAACAGCAACAACAACAGCAGCAGCAGCGAGUAUCAUCCUCGCAGCAUCUCCAUCCAUUCUAUCAAAGUGCGUGUGUCAAUAGUAACAGUAACAGUAAUAACAGCAGCAUCGGCGGCUAUCCCAGCCAGUCCACAUCCCCGUACGCCAACGGUGGCCACAUGGGCCACCAUCAUUCACCGUCGCCGGUUGGUAUGGGGCAUAUGCAUCAUCAGCAGCAACAACAACAGCAGCAGCAGCAACAACAACACUACUGAGUGGAGGAUAAGUGUUUUAGAUUAGGAGGAAGAAAUGUGAUUCAGUCACCACCAACAGAAGAGAUUUUUUAGUUCGAUUUGACGAAAAAGCGAUGAGGUAUGAUUGGUACUUGAAGAAGUAUGAAUGAUCAUGAACGAGUGGGUGUGUAGAAAAGGGUAAGAAAUAAUAAGUGUGCUACAACUGUGUUCAGGUUGUAGCACAUGACGUCAUCUUAACUUAUUGUGUUAAUUGUACAUAACCGAAAGGAGGGAAAAGAAAGCAAAUUUUCUUUUCAAAUCAGAUUAGUUUAUUUUUAGAUGAGUUUCGUUUCGAUAAGUGCAAUAAUAUAUUUUAAACACAUUACUAAAGAACCAGUUUUAAGUGAAACUUAUAAACAGUUUGUACAAGAAACUGUGCUGAACAGAGGAAACAUGUGUGUUUAACUCACUGGAAAAUCACUAGAUUAGUACCGGACCGUAACGAUAGACAAGCCAUUAAUUUAGUCAGAAUGCUAAUUGGUGUGGUAAAAGAGUAGUAAAUUUGUUUUGACCUAACCAGAAUAGAAACCUUCAAAGCGUAAAGAUGAGACGCGUAUCAUAAUCACGACGGAAGGCGUAAAUUUGUGCCAUCAAACUCCGUGGUAGCUGGACGAAUGUCUCGCUAUUUGUGUUGGUGUGGUUUCCCCUUUGUUGUAGCCGAUCAACUAAACAGCGAGCCUUUGCUGUACAACCUGCAACUUAUCUGUUUACAUGUGAGAUGUAUUUGGUGUGAAAUCACGUGUGAAUGUUAUCUCGACUGCUACGGUGAGUAGAUCACCUCUAGUUGAAACCUACCAUUUUGUGGAUCUGAAAGGAGAGUAAAAAGAAGGAUUAAAGUUGUUCAAAGGUUUCCAAAACCUUACCCGAACCCAUGUCCACGUGUUACUUGUUGAAACUCUCAAAGAUCGUCGUUUAAAUGGAUACUGCGUAGGAGCGAUUCCAGUAGAGUCGUCUGAGCAGCAGAUCGACCGAUCGCCAGAGAUAGUCAUUAUUUACACAGUCAAUUUACCAAGCCUACCAAGUGGGCCCAGAACAGGUGCAACAAUCAACAAUCGUUCAUUCAUACAAAAGAAGAUUAUCUUAAGCUAACAUCACACAAACACAUCCCCAGAGAGAGAUAUGGAUUUUAGCCGACGAACGGGAGCUGGAUUUGAUUCAGCAGUAGGUAGGUUGGUUGUUUUUGUGCUGGUGAAACAUGUGCUCAAAGAUUUCAAAGAAAUGAAAGAUACCCCCACUUUUUCACAAAUUGGAGAUACAGCUUACAACAUUGCUAGAUGAGUUUUGACUUACUACAGCACAAAAUUUCAACUAUUCGAUAUAUAGGUGGAAAAUAGAGCUUGAAAGCGACGAAACAUGCUUAUGGCUUACAGAUGCACUACAAAGUCGAAUAAUGAACAGAAACUGCCGGAGAAAAGUCAUUAGCAGGGUAAAAACAAAAUCUGUUGUAGUGGUGCGGAAAAGAUGGUGGCAUUCUUUAAAAACCAGUAUAUGACAAACUAGCUCAUGCCCUUGUGUUUCUCUGAAAACAGUUUUAUAGCAGCCCAAUUUUUCAACGCCUAGAAUUUUUCUCAAAGAGCUGUUACAAUUGUAACAAACAAUUCCGGAGAGGAAUCCCACAUCCUAAACGAAAAUAUUUUUGGCCUCUUAUGUUCAAAUCUUGGAUGACUACAUUCCUAGGAUAGGUAGUUGUUCAACUUAAUCCCAUUCGGACAGUUUGUUUGAAUUGAAGUUGGCUACUCUUUUAUAGUUGGAACUGUACUGCCCGUAAUCGUAAGUCAGUCCCAUGUAGAUGGUCCCAUAGAACAUGGGACUGACCUGCGAAUAUGGGCAGUGUAGACCCUAGCUGCUUUAGAUAGUGGUAUCGUUCGGAAAGUCAUCCGGAAAUUACUUCCUGCAAUUCAAUGACUCGAAGUUGACUCAAACAGACAUACGUAAAGUGCACUCUUCUUAGUCAGAUGUUCAUGUUCGAAAUGUGUAUUCAUAAAUGAAGCGGGCGUCUAAAACAUAGUAGACAAACAGUUGUAGGCGGCGUAGCGAUUGAUACAAAGCAACUGGAGCGCAACUGUUGAACGCGUGUAGUAAACAGUCGAGCAGAUAUUAAUUAUUAGACACUGAUUUCUUACGUUUAUGGAUUCAAAAGUCUACACAGAUUUUUAAAUUAUUUCGACUUAAACGUGUGUUAACUGUUAUGUACUAAUUGGUUUAUCGUAUGGUAGCAUGGUUUUAUAACUGAACGAUUUCUUAGGGCAAAUCUUUAAAAUUUCACGUCGCUAAAAAAAGUACAAAUUGAUACAGUGUACGUACACCGACAGGCUGUGUUCUUACGUACAUGACAGAUUCCUCAGUGUACAGAUAGACUUUAGCUUUUCCCUGCACUGCAGCUAUACGCAUAACUGUCCCAUGUUGCCGUUCACGAACAAAUCCGGAGUCCUACAAAUCAACAAUAUGGCAACCCUCAAGAUGAUGAAUCUGCCUGUUGAACUUUUAAAAUCUCAAGUUUACACAACGGACAUAUGAAACCCGGGAUUUGUACCAGGGUUUGGCUGAAUUUCAAAGAUAAGAGCCACAAUGUUACGAUACCCGUGUAUGAUAACACUAUAGUUGAGAGGUGGAUUUCAUCGGUCGGUACCUGAAAUGCUGUGAAUUGUGGUCAGGAAGGUGAUCUCUCGAAUAAGGAUACUGAUGUUGCCAAUUUUUUCGGAAUCCGGAGUUGAAUAUCGAGGUUUGUGUACUAUGAUCUGAAUUCGGAGAUUUGCAUGCAGGGAAAAGGAACUUUGUACAGCCAGGUUUUUUAACGAUGCGUACCGCGUAAUUGGAAUCCGGAAAUUGGAAUUGGAAAAUCCGCGUAAAAAAACCGAGUUAAUUGGAAAAUCUGCCUAAAAAGCGCGUUAAUUCGAAAAUCCGCGUAAAAAACUCUCAGCAAAAGACUCACGGAUUUCGCAAUUAACACGGUUUUUGCAAAAAUAUUCCUUUUGAAUGCCAAAGACUUAGAAGAUUUUCGGAAAGAUGGAAGAGACUACAGACACCUUAUAUAACAGACUAGCAGAGAGAAAAACAGUAAAACUAGCAACCAUGGAUGUAAACUGGCAUCACGAAGCUCCCAUAGAGUACUUGACAAUCUGUAACUGUAUUAGUGUAUUCGACGAUUUGUUUUCCUCCACCUGUCAUAGGUGGAGAUAAACAAAUCGAAAAUAACUUUUCAGUCGGAUUAUUCUCAUGAUGGAAUCUGACCAACCGGCAUUGUACGUCUUCGGAAUGACUUUUACAGCGACAAAAAGAAUUUCAGCACCAUUAUAAAUACUUUAUGCGAACUAUUUCAAAUGUUUAAAUUGGCUGACAGUUUUACAUAUGACAGCUGGAGGAAAACAAACCACCCAAGUGGUGUGAGUGAAAUGAUUUGCAUAGAACUCUAUAAGCUUUGCAUUGGGCUUCCUCUUGUACUUCCCCUCUCAAAACCAUCAUGCUCGUUUGGCUGCACUUUUUGACAGUCCGUUUGGCUGCAAUUUUUGACACUUCGCUAGUCUGUGUCUAAAGUGUCUGUAGAAGAGACGAGUCUGGACUCCUUCCCAGUCAGAAAAUUUUCUGGCAGAGACCGCUCUGCUAGAUUUCUGUAAGUCUUGGUUUGGCAGCCCUGUCAGAUUUCUGCGCGUGUCCUGUCGGGUUAGUUGAGCUAGGGCGAAUUCGGUUUCGCUCACGUUUUCUGGCAAAUUUUGACAGAAACCGAGCUAAACCCUGGCAUAAUUCCGACAUAAACUGUGCAAAGAUCCUGGCAAUUCCUGCCUGGUAGAAUUUAGCACGAAUCGAGCAAAACAUCUGACAAAGAUGUGGCAGGAAGCGUGCAGAGAUCUUGGCCGCACAUUUCUGGCUGGAUUCUGGAUAAAAGUGAGCAGCAUCGGUUGGUUUAACCACUUCUGUCAGAAACGGUUGUUGCAUUUGAGCGAAUUCGUUGCCAGAUUUCUAGCACAAAUCGCGCAAAAUGCUCGCAGAAACUCUGCCAGCAUCAAUUUCGCUUUGCCCACCUUUUGCUAACUUUCUGCUUGCCACGCUGACCGCGCAGGAGCUGGAACAUUCUGACGCGAAAUUGGAACAAAAACGACCCCCCCCCCCUAUUGUCAUAUCUUGGCAUAGCUUUCGACGAGUCUUGAUUCGAGUUAACAAUAUCCAGUCGCUUUUUUGGUCCGAGGAACUGUGCUUCAUAAACGCCAGUGGCUGACCUAGGGACAUGAAGUUUCGUUUUAAAUUUGCUAUAGAACAUUGCACAAUAACGCAAUCAAAGAAAAACAUGUCAGUUUAGCCAGCUUGUUUACAAGGCGUUAAAAUAUUAAAGCUAUUCGAGCCCAGUUCCUCGUACUAUGCUAAGACAAGACAUGACAACAGGAGGGAGGGGGGGAGGGGGGGUUGUGGGUCCCCACAAAGAGAAUAGGGAAAGAGACGAAGAGUGAAAAUCAGUCAAAACGGCAACACUCCAUUUAUGGUGAUUUCAACACUAGAAUUUUGGCAACCGCUUCCACAAGCAGCACUUUAAAUGACUCCUAUUAUAUUUUGAAAAGAAACCGUAUGUCGAUCGUUGGAUUUGUUUAUCAAAUGAUGUGCAUUUUGAAACAAUAUAAUUCUAAAACUUGUUUUUACUAAUACAUAUACUCUGGAAUGCACCUUAAAAUCAUGACUGAACUAAAUUCUGACGAAAAUUCAAAUUUCUUUUUUGAUAGAUGUACAAUACUUAUCUCCUCCAACUCAGGCAUGAGUAAUGUUUAUUUACAUUGCACGAUUGGUCUGCUCAAUUGAGAUAUCUGACGUUUAAAAUAUUCACACUGAUAUCUUACAUUUUUAUACUACCGCCCUCCCCUCGAGCCCAGAAGCGGUUUGUUUUCCUCCCAAUUCGCCGUGCAAUCGAUUUGUUUUCCUCCCAAUUCAAACGUCAAAACGGCACAAUACCAACGCAGCUGGAUAAGUCUAUAAGGUAUUUUCGGCUUCGCACUAUUCGCCUCUUUCCCUAUUCUCUUUGGGUCCCCAUUUUGGCUCGAAUCAAAAAUUUGUCGAAAUGUCUAUUGACAAUAGGUUCAUCCGAAGCGUUCAUUUGUAUUUACAUUUUGCUAGUGUUGCCAAUUUUAUUUUGGUUUCACCACCCAAUAUAGCUGUUGUGCCAGCUCUUGUUUGUCCGGCGGACACUUCUUGUCAGGGCGGCUUAGGUACUUCCACCGGAAUUUUGGAUUUUCACAACUAAUGGAACGCAAACAAAUAAAUUUUAUCGUCACCUACUCUAUCUAUCGUCAACAACUGUUGGUGCUCGCCGGAUACCGUCAAAAAAUGGGCAUAUACACUGUACGGAGUGUAUACUCAAAAAGAGGUAUAUUUUCACCCACUUAUAAAUUGUUACCCUGACGGGUGACACGCCACAUUGCUUUUACGCGUGCUGUCCGACUUUCCUACAGCUCAGUCGAACUAAAGCUAGGUAUAGCCCCUACGUUUGAGUAAAACGGGCAAACUAGUGGAUCACAGGUUUGCUUACUUCCGACGGCGGGUCGGCGGCCACCUCGUCAGGCGGAUCUUCAGCAGUUUUGCUACGAUUCGAUUCCUAGGCUUCGGUUAUGCGGCUAAGCCGCAUCGUACUAGUUCACCUUAAACAGAGUUUCAUGAAUAGUAUCGGAUUAUUGCCGGAAAUUUCCUAAAAUAUAAGCUGGAAAAUGAAAAAAAAGUCUGGUAACGCUCCAGCUCUCCGUUGAACUCUAACGAUUAGGUUUCACACAACCCGACAUAACCCCACAAAAUGAGCCGAAUGAACCUCGUUUGACAAUUCUUGGUGGUUUGUUUACUUGUCAGUUACGUGAGUUCGAAUGAAACAGAUGAGCACCCGUUGCACUCGAACUCACGCAACUGACAAAGUAAACAAACCACCGCGAAUUGUCAAAUAUGAGCUUCAUUCAUCAUGAGUUGAUUCGUGUCGUCAUCUUGUGGGCCCGCAUUGAGUUCUUUACGCUGACGUCACAAAUGAAUUCAAUUGUUCAUUUUUGACAGUUCGCUUGUACUGUUUACAUGGACUUAGAAAAAUUCUUUGCGAAUUGCAUCGUGCAAAUAUAGUCGUCCACAAAAUUUUUUUAAGUCCAUGUAAACAGUACAAGUGAACUGUCAAGAAAAGUGAGGUUAACUGUGUCCGUAAAGAACCUAAUUUUUGGCUCGAAUCAAAACUCGUCGAAAUGUCAAUUGACGAUAGGUUCAUCCGGAGUGUUCAUUUGUGUUUACAUUUUGCUAGCGUUGCCAACUUUAUUUUAAUUCCACCACCCAAUAUGGCUACGGCACUUUGCUUUUGCACGUGCUGUCCGACUUCGCUGCCGCUCAGUCGAACUUCAACUAGGGAUAGCCCCCAUGUUUGAGUAAGCCAGACAAACGAGUGGAUCACUUGCUUCCGACGGCGGGUCGGUGGCCACCACGCCCGGCGGAUCCUCAGCGGCUUUGUGCCGCUUCGGUUCCUAGGCCUCGGUUAUGCGGCUAAGCCGCAUCCUACUGGUGACACCUUAAACAUAGGUUCCUGAAGGGUAUCGGAUGGUUACCGGAACCCAGUAAAGUUCAACCGGAAAUGAGCCGGUAUUCUGGUUGGUUCUAAUUAGUAUUCCGGCUCCAAUGAUACAAUCGAUUUUAACUAGAAUCGGUUUUGUCACUGGAGCUGGAAUACGAAUUAGAACCAGCCAGCAUUCCGGCUCGGCGUAACUGGGAAGUUUCCUAAAAUUUCAUUUGGGAAAUAAAAAUUUUCUGGCAAGUUUGACGUUAUGGAAUAAACUUUGUUUAUUUUCGCCAAGUUUUGAUUCGAGCCAACAACAUCCAGCCGCUCAUUUUGUGGGGUUGCGUCAGUUGGUAUAAAACCUAAUUGAAUUCUUUACGGUGAAGUCACAAAUGAAAUCGAGUGUUUAUUUUUCACUGUUUACAUGGACGUAGAAUAAUUCUUUGCGAUUUGUUGUGAGUGAAUCAAGUUGUCCACAAAAAAUUAUAAGUAAUUGUAAACAGUACUAGUGAACUGUCAGAAAAGUGAGUUAACCUCCCUCAGUAAAGAACCUAAUUCGGCAGACUUGUCCAGUUGCAUUGAUGUUUCAGUUUGAAUUUGAAGAAAAACAAAUUGUUUACACAGCGAAUCUAACAAACUACUUCUGUGCUUAAAAGACGCCUUAUUUGACGUCUAGCACACCUACACAUUUGUAAUGUGUAUAGACAUAUAUGUAUACGAAAUUAGCCAUGCACACAGCGAUUCUCCACCUGAUUUAACCUCAUUUGGCAAAAAUUCCACCAGAUUUAACCUCAAUCUCGCACUAACACAACUGCACAUGGAUCAAUCCAUUAUUGGCUCGAAUCAAAACUCCUCAAAUUGUCAUUUGGGUCAUUAAGCCAUAUGCUGUUUUCGAUUUUUUCCGAUGCAGCUGACGCAAUCGAACUUUUUUUUUUUCAGAUUUUUGUAAGCAAAAUUACAAAUAUUUUUUUUCGGAUUUUCUUCGUACACAGAAAGAAAAAGUAUACAAAACAGCAAAACAAAAUUUUACCCUAUAAAACUCUCAUGCUACUGCUGGAUAUCGAUACUGCUGAGGAAAGGGAGGCGAACCGUUCCUUCCGACGGAUUCGAAUAAGCGGGCCAAAUACGCAUGUUUGUGUUCCAGUGGAUUCAGUUAUCAAAUUAUUCAAAAAUUCUAAUUAACGUUAACAUAAAGGUGACAGAAGGGCCAGAUAUACGACAAAAGUACGCAUCUUUUUUGGAAUACCUGUCAAUUGACUACAUAUCGAUUGAAUGUUGAGUCUAAUAAAUUUAUAAAAAGUAUUCCAAUGCAUCAAUGAACUGGCAAUUCAAUAUUAAUUCUUCACAAGGGCUAAAGAAACUUUUGUAAACAAAUUGUUUCGCUCAUUAUUUCGCCGCCGAGGGCAAAUUCAUGAAAAAUGCUCAUUAAUCUACGUUUUCACCCUUCGUAGAAGUAAUUUCAAAUGUUUUCUGUGUUGAAAUUAAAACAAUUUAGGAGAAAUCAGCAAAACAAAAGUUGGUUUACAAAUCUCAUUAGUCCUUUGCAAAAGUUCAUAUGGAAUUAUAGUUUUUCUAACAAAGAGCAAAUCGCGCAUUUGCGAAUUAUUGAAAUUGGAUUCUAUGACAAACUUAAUCCAGUUAUUAGUGUGGUUUAUGACCUUGAAUAAUUUGAUUUUUCAAAUAAGGUGUGAUCUGGUUCGUCUGGAAAGAUAUUGUCAAGUGCAUCUUCCAAUAGAAAAAUCUAGAAUUCUUUGUUAUUAACUAUAUGCUAGCACCACCAAUAAUCUUCUGAAGCACUCCGCCUAAGCCAGUGUGAACCAGUCCUCCAGCACAAAAACAACCAAACCGACUCCGGGUUGAACGGUCGCAUAACGAAAGUAAAAAUCAUGAUACUCAUUACCUUAAAGCACGAAACUAUACGGUAGAACAAAACCGAGUGUUGCGGUUAUAGAAACGUAACCGAGGAACAGCAGCCAUUGAUUGGUUGGAUGUUGCGAAAAGUAUGAAGAAAAAAAAGCACCAGAAGGAUAGAUGAGAUAAAAACAGAAAACUUUGUGAAACAUAUCAUCGGAUGCGUGGCGAGUGCUGUUUUUCAAAUGGUGCACCUUGUCGCAUGUUCGCAUAAAAGGACGAAGAAACAGGAGAACGCCCGUAGAACUUCAUUAAAUUUUGAAUCUGUAUAAUAUCAAUUUAAAACAAAAUGAAGCCCAAACGAGAAUGCACUAAUCACAAAAUACAAGUGCAAGAAAAUAAAGAAAAAACUAAGUAAAACAUAGUUUGUGUGCCAUUAAUAGGAUUACCUACAGAGAGAAAUAUGUAUAUUUUAAAUUAAAGAGGAUUAGUGAUCGUGAAAGAAGAAGUAAACAUUAAUGUUAGGGAAAUAAAAUCUUGUUUUCUUAUGUUUCGUGAUAAACUGCUACUAGUACUACUACUAUUACUACUACUACUACAAUUAUUGCAGUAACAAGUACUGCAUUCUAGUACGUUGUUUGAAUCAUUUGAUCCUCCCCUUUUUUUAGUGAGAGAGUAAACGCAUUAUCUACAUGAUGAUACAGGAGGAAACACACACACACACACCCAUAUUAAUAUUGGUUUUUUGCUUUUGAUUCACCCUUUGUUUCGUUCUAGUUUGUUUGAUAGUGUAGCGGAUGGUAAAGAAAGAGGGGGUUAAGCAAGCGUAUGCGGGAACGGUGACCGAAACAGAAUGAUAUUUAUUUUUAAUGAGAUCUUUUUUCUUGUUUUGUUUAAUGUUUUGGAACAUGACUUGAGCUGCUAAAGUUGACGCAAAAAAAAAAAAUUAAAAAAUGAAAACAGUGAAUUAAACUCAAAAUGUAAAUUAUUUAUAGAGCAGAAAAAUCAGCAAUUGACAGGCCAAAUAUAGAGUGUGUUGAUGAGCGAAAUUAAAUGAAUUCUGUUGAAACAAAAUGAAGAAGGUUGGAUUAUCACUUUCUGUUAGUCGAUUAGAGUUGUAUCUUAGCUUAAAUUUCCUUUUUUUCCAGUCAUAGGAUUAGCAACAUUAAUUUGAAAUAAAAAAGAAAUGACUUUUACAAUGAGAUUGAUUUUAGUUUGUUUUCUUCUGUUAUUUUGUUGACACACCUUUCGAUCAGUGUUUUGUUCCAGGAAAGUUAAGGCAAAAUGGUAAGAGAGUAGUUCAACAAUUAAUUGUAGUCUAACAGCCAACAUUUGGUAAGGUAAACAACAUAUAUUUUGUAGUAGAAAUAAUCCAUCCAAAACCGAACGCAAACUAAUUGCAGAAAAAAUGCUGUUCAAAUGAAAGAAAACGAACAACAAAUUGGUUUUCACCCACUCACCUGUUAAUGUAAUGUAAUGUAAGUGUAGCAUGAUGAUAAAAAAAAAUACUAACAACUGUCGACUCCUUGCUCCUUAGAGGAAAUAACCGGAAGACGGUUCUGAACCGCGUAAAAACUUCCUAGAAGCGUGCAUUAGUUACCAAUGUCAACAACAACAAAACAACCAAUGAACGAUCGAAAAAUGCCACAAAUCGAUACCACUCAAAUGCCUACGAACCACAAACUAACUAACACUAACCAACUGACAGCUUGAGAAACUAACACAAUACUAACAUUUUUAAACGAUAAGAUAACAAUGGCUGAGCAAACAUUGAAAGAACAUUCCUUAUAGUGUCCAUCUCUCAAGUGUGAAUACGAUAGGCGAUGAGAGCAUUUGGCUGCAGGUGAUGCGAAAAAAGAAAACAACUUAACAAGUAAAUAAGCAUGAAUGUUAAUUAUUACCUCCACUUUGUAGAUGCCUUAAACACAGUGCCUAUGUAAGUAAACAAAAAAGAAGAAAACAUAAGAAGAACGGAGAAAAUCGUAUCUGAAAAUCACAUUCACACACACACACAUACAGAGAGCUGCUGCAGCAUAGCAUGAAAAGCUGAAAUCAAAUCACUACAAACAACCAACGGAUAGAUUUCCAUUGCAAUGUUAAAGUAAUCGGUUUUAUUCAGCGUUUAGUGAUAGCCUGAGCAUCGGAAUUCUGGCGUAAUCAAGCGCGUAAUUUCAUCACAGGCUACCGUUACUACCGCACUAGUUGGACGGAUUUCAUUCGUGCGCACGUUGUAGUGGACAGCAGAGUUACAAAUAUUCAAUUUCGUCUAAUGAAAAUUGAUCAUCUUCAGCCGCAUUCAUUUUCAAUAAUCGGUGACGCUACUGAAAACGUCGAACGAGCAAACAUGCCCAUUCAUUCAAUGCAGGCUUUCAUUCGUCUCCGAUUAUUGCACGAAGCGAACGUGCAGCAACGAAUCGAACGCACCAAAGUAGGCCCUGGCAAAAUGUAAGUGAUGAUAAUUUUUCUAUUAUAUGCUUUACCAACAUUUGAAAAUAUUUACCUAGAUAAUUAGUGAAAUGAAUUUUUUGUACGAUAUUUAACUGAAUGAAUAAUAUGGAUUUUUGAAUGAAUAUGUUUUCUACUCACCACGAGUCGCAUCAGACCUCAAAAGAGAGCUUGGAUUAUUUUUAACUCUGGUGAACCAGCCUAUGACUCGGGCUAUAACCGUGCAUAUUGUGGACUUUCGCUUUUGAAGUAAAAUACUUUCAAUAUUUCUAUAUGGUGUCUUCGUUUCAGAAUUUUUGGGCGAACUUUCACCCGUUUUUUAAAGGUGACUAUUUACCGAUGCACUGAUUGAAAAAAUAAAUGGAUGUUUGCGCUAUUUGAUUGGAAUGCACACCAAUUUUGUAGCUAAUUCCAUAGAAUGUACAAUUGGUGCAAAUAAUAGAAAUAAUGGAUUUUUUGAAAACAGUAAUAGAGGUACCGCGUGUGCAUUUGUAUCAUUCGUCGCUCACCUACCAAACGGGCAACAUUAUGACUGUAACGCCCGGAUGGUACGAUAAGCUGUUGAACACUGUUAACCGCGUUCGAAAUUGCACCCGGUUCUUUGCUGUGUGUAAAUCUUACCGUGUGCGCGAUUUGGAACAAACUAGUAUAGAAAUGCUAUGGAAUCGUGUACCCACGAUAAUAUGCAAAGUGGCUGGGUAGGGUGGAUUUGGAUUGAGUUCAGCACAGUGUAGGGUGCGACGUGUGUGCUGCUUGUGAGUUCGUGUAAGGAAAAAAUAUUUUUAAGCUUGUGUGUGCGUUGAGCUGAUAAUUCUCAUGACAACAUGCUUCUGUAGGUAUUUCGAAAGUAUGGGCGGACUCAACUGGGUUUGAGAUUAUUUAAAGGCGGGUGUUAGUAGAAGAAUUUGGUGGGUUAGCAGCUUGAGCAGUGACCAAGUGAAGGCACAGAAUGAUGUUUGUUUUUAUCAAUGGUUUGCAAACGAAGUUUGCUGGUGAUGUCUCUGUGAUGGCGGCCCGAAUAGAAAUGUACAGUAACAAAACCAUGAUUUUCACUGUGACAGUACAGUAAUUUUACAAUAAUUUAUAGUAAGUUUUAGUGUUAUGCUACAAUACAAAAACAAACUUUAACGUUUUUACAGUAAAUUUCAACGUAAAAUAGACUUUUACAGUGAAAAAGGGGGUGGUUAUGUAUCUUAACAUUUAAAAAAUCAAUUUUUCUCCAUACAUUUUUUUCUCGAAAACAGUAAAAUUUAGUGGGAAUUCACUGUAUCAGUUUUCUGCUGAACAGUGAAAUUUAUUGCUACAUGAAAUUUUAUUGUAAAUCUACUGUGAGAACUUGGCAUCGAACAAUGUUGAAACAGUAAUAACUAUAAUAUUUAUUGUUUUAUGAUUGUUUGUAGGGUAAAUGCUAUUGUAAAAUUCUAUCCGGGGGUGGUUGAGAAAAAAGCCAUCAAAGCGACAGUGGCGGAGUGUUUUUUUUUAGCAGAGACUCGAUGUAAUUUGUUUUACAUUAGCAAGAUUGAAUCUGCAAGCAUGAUGUACAGUUAAAAUCCAGCGAUGAUCGAAGAUGGUGGCCACCGGUCAACGAUGCGAUAAGUUCUACGAGCAAAAUUUCAUCGCAUCCAAAGAAAAGUAAACGAGACAUCCGUUUUCGCUAUAGGAAGAACGACGGUCGCGUCGAGUACUGGAGCUCGUACACUAUGAUGUAUGUGGGCCUAUGACGCCAACAGAAUGGGAUGGCUACCAAUAGCUCGUCAUCUUUAUCGACGAUUGGUUUUGUGUCUAAUCCAUUCGUGGUGCUACGGCACUUCGAAAAGUAUGGACGCGCAAAAUUUGGAGUUAGAAUUUCUCGUUUUCGUUCGGACAGCGGCUGGGAAUAUUUCUGAAAAGAUUCACUGGGUCACUUUUUAACUAGACCGCCGCUAGUUUAAUCAUUGUCCAAUAAAAGGGCAUUUGAAUGUCAAAAUUUUAUGUCAAGUUCACUUUGACAAUCAAACAAUACUUAGAGAUGUGAACAGAUACAAUGGGCAUAUAGUCAAUGCAACUGGCCCUUAGAGCUAUAUGAUAAUUUAAUCAAGAAGAAGAAGAAAAAGAAGAGGAAGAGCAGAUGCAAUUAAGUGAUAUGUCUGCUCUGGAAAGGUUUCGACGUCUGCCAGUCGGUGUAAAUAGCGAAUCAAAUUCAUCAGUUGAACCGAGGGUGUGGCCCAAUCAGUGAAUCACGAUUGUAUAUAGUACCUUAUUGUCCUGAGCAGAACGGCACCAGCUCGUUCUAUGAUAUUUGAUUGCGAAUUUUGGGGCAAAGCAAUGCAAAUCGCUGCUUUGUUAACAAAUAGAAGUCCGGCUAGCCCUAUUGAUCAGAAAUUGAUCCCGUAUGAUCUGUUCGAAAGAAGAAAACAUGAUGUGUCAAAAUUUCGAGUGCUUGAAUCAGAGCUACAAAUAUUCAAAUUCAUUGAAUGGAAACUGAUCAUAUUCAGCCGCAUUCAUUUUCAAUAAUCAGUGACGCGGGCCCCUAUUGGGUUCUUUACUGACACAACUAACCUCACUUUUCGCUUGUACUGUUUGCGGACAACUAGAUUCGCUCGAAGCAAAUCGCAAAGAUUUUUCUAAGUCCAUGUAAACAGUACAAGCGAGCUGUCAAAAAUGAACACUCGAGUUCAUUUGUGACGUCACCGUAAAGGGCUCAAUUAUUGGUUCGAAUCAAAACUCGUCGAAAUGUCAAUUGACGAUAGGUUUAUCCGGAGUGUUCAUUUGUGUUUACAUUUAGCUAGCGUUGCCAAUUUUAUUUUGUGUCCUUCACCCAAUGUCGCUACGCCACAUCGCUUUUGGGAUAGCCCUUAUGUUUGAGUGAGCCGGGCAAACGAGAGUUUGAGUGAGCCGGGCAAACGAGUGGAUCACAGGUGCGCUUGCAUCCGAAGGCGGGUCGGUGGCCACCUCGCCUGGCUCCUCAGCGGCUUUGCGCCGCUUCGGUUCCUAGGCCUCGGUUAUGGUAUCCCUUAAACAGAGGCUCCUGAAGGGUAUCGGAUGGUUACCGGAACCUAGUAAAGUUCAACCUUAAAUAAGCCGGAAUUCUAACUGGUUCUAACUCGUUUUCCGGCACUAGUAACACAACCGAUUCUGACUAGAAUCGGUUGUGUCACUGGAGCCAGAAUACGAAUAUGAACCAGCCAGCAUUCCGGCUGAGCUUAACUGGGAAGUUUAGUAAAAUUUGAUCUGGAAAUAGAAAUUUUCUGGCAACGCUCCAGCACCCCGUUGAAUUCUAACGAUUUCACCACCCCAGCCAGGUUGACGAUAUGAAAUGAACUUUGUUUACUUUCGACAAGUUUUGAUUCGAUUCAACAACAUCCAGCCUAGGUUCAUCCUGCGUGUUCAUUUGUGUUUACAUUUGCUAGCGUUGCCAAUUUUAUUUAGUUUCCACCACCCAAUGUGGUCGCUACAGCUCAGUCGUACUUAAACUAGGGAUAACCCUUAUGUUUGAGUAAGCCGAGCAAACGAGUGGAUCACAGGUGCGCUUGCUUCCGACGGCGGGUCGGCGACCACCUCACUCGGCGGAUCUUCAGCGGCUUUGCGCCGCUUCGGUUUCUAUGCCUCCGUUAUACGGCUAAGCCGCAUCGAAAUGGUAAAGUUCAACCGGAAGUUGGAACCAGCCAGCAUUCCGGCUGAGCUUAACUGGGAAGUUUUCUAAAAUUUAAUCUGGGAAAUAAAAAUUUUCUGGCAACGCUCCCUCGCCCCGUUGAACUCUAACGAUUUCGCCACCUGGGAGCAAGAUUGACGCUAUUGAGAUAUCUGACGUUUAAAAUACGCACACUGAGAUCUCGCAUUUUUAUACUACCGCCCUCCCUUUAAGCCCAGAAGACGUUUGUUUUCCUCCCAAUUCGCCGUGUAAAUGAUUUGUUUUCCUCCUAAUUCAAACGUCAAAACGGUACAAUACCAACGCAGCUGGAUAGGUCUAUGGAAUGAACUUUGUUUACUUUCGAAAAGUUUUGAUUCGAGUCAACCUGGGACGGGACAUGCGGAUAGAUGUUUUCUUUUCCCUUUUCCAUUCUUCGUUUCUAACUGCUCACAUACGCUCUCAUUCUGGAUCACAUAUUGCUCACAAGCUUUCUCAUUCUGGCUCACACUGGUUUAAAGUGACGUUUCAUAGCUGGAUCAAUUUGACACUCGUUUUUUUUCCUAUCCGCAUGUCCCGUCCCAGGAGCCAACAACAUCCAGCCCAACUGAAAACGUCAAAUGGAUCAAUUCCAUAUCAAUAUUAGAAUAGGGCUAAUAAGAUUUGUGAACAAAUUUUUGUUUUGCUGAUUUCUCAUAAUUUGUUAUAUUUUCAACCCAGAAGAUGUUGAUUCAUGCGUAUCUUUCAUGAAAUUCGACUCGACAGCGGAGUAAUGAGCGAAAUAAGUUUGUUUAUAAAAAUCUCAUUAACCCUUUUGAAGAGUUGAUAUUGAAUUGCACUUUCAUUCAAUCGAAGACUGCAUAUCAAGAAGGCUGGCAACUCUGUUCAGAAUCGGGAGACUGCUCUUUAAUGCAUUUCUUGCUUGCGAGGUAACCCAGCAGACGAGCAUUCGCAAGAAAAACUUCCUGGAAUUGCGCUGCAUACUAGAUGAAAGCUUGGGUUCCUCGCGAGCAUUAUCGCUCGCGUUUUUGCUUUGCCCGGAUGCGAGUGAUGUAGAACGCUAGGCAUGUUAUUCAUACACGCUCGCGAACUCCCGUUGUGUUCGUGCUUCUUGCUCGAUUCGCAACACUGUCUCCGAUUAUUGCACGAAGCGAACGUGUAACAACGAAUCAAACGUAUCAAAAGUAGGCCCUGGCACAAUGUAAUCGAUGAUAAUUAUUAUUGUAUAUUCUUUACCAACAUUUGAAGGCAUUUACCUAGAUAAUUAGUGGAAUGAAUAUUAAUGUAUGAUAUUCAACUGAAUUUUUGAAUAACACGGAUUUUUGAAUCAAUAUUUUGUCUAUUCAUGAGUCGCAACCGGUUCAUUUUCAGACGUCAAAAUAAGCUUCGAUUGUUUUUAACUCUGGUUUGGAUCCAUUGACUUAUUUGACGUCUAUGACACCAACACAGUUGCAAUGUGUAUAGACAACAUACAUACCCAAGUAACCAAUAAGCAUUAUAACGUAGCCUAAUAUCUGCUUUAGAUCCACAUAUAAAGCAGUCUUAUAGAGCCGUGAAGCCCUAAAUACUGAUAUAAUGCUAGUAUUAUGCCAGAAAAGGUGAUAUAUAGUGCUAUUACUGUGCAGAGAUUGACAGCUCGUUUCUGCAGUACUAAUGCUAUUAUAUAUCACUAGCGCACAAAUGUUAAAUUUGAAAGCCUUACCUUACAUUGGCACUACUAAUGCUAUUAAAAAGCUUCAGCUGGCUGUCAUUGUCCGGCAUGGUUUUAAAACCAUUUCUUAUGUUUCCUUUCGGUAUGAUGAGCAAAAAGGAAAAAAUUUAAAAUAAAAUAUUCUGUUUAAAACCGUAAUUGACUCUCUUCUAAUGCAUUGUAAUGAAUAUCCUUAAUGGAGGUACCUUGCCUCGUCCUUCACGGUAAGUGCGCUGCGUUUGCUGCCUGGACUAUAUUGCAUAUGUUCGAUUGAAAUGAAAUACGCCGAAUAUUAUCUUCAAGAAGAGUUACAUAACAAAUAAACCCACAGCAUUACAAUAGCAUUAUAUCGGUUUUCUAUUUGCUCUAUAAUGGCACUAAAUGCACAUGUGAAGCUUACAUGCUUUAAAGGUCCUUGAAGCAUGUACGUGUUAUAUCAGCUUUAUAUACGCAUAUAGAGCAAGCGAUAAUGCUAUAUUUCGGCUGUACAUUUAUGCAUUAUUGAUGCUAAUAUAGAGCUUUAUUGCAUUGUUAAUGCUGUAAUAGAGUUUUAAUGCAACACUAGUGCAAAUGUAUAGCCAAUAUAGCUAAUGGUUACUUGGGUAUAACGCUAUGUUUACAAUUCGCCAUCUGAUUUAACCUCAUUUGGCAACAAAACAACCCGAUUUAACCUCAAUCUCGCACUAACACAACUCCACAUAGAUUAGUCAAUGGUUGGAUGUUGUUGGCUCGAAUCAAAACUCGUCAAAUGUAAACAAAGUUCAUUCUGUAGCGUUAAUCUGGCGCCCAGAUGGCGAAAUCGUCUAUUUCCCAGAUUAUGUUAGAGGAAAUUUCCCCCUUCAGGAACCUCUGUUAAGGUGCAGCAGUACAAUGUAACUGAAGCCUACCAUGCUAGCCGUGGCCAAUCAAGACCGGAUGCUUGUACACCUGAUGGACGUACGCACAGCUUUUCUCAGCGGUAACCUGGGUGAAGAGAUUUUCAUGUCGCAAUCUGAAGGAUUUAUGGACAGUGUGGAUUCAGUAUGUCGUCUACGAAGUCUUUUCACGACCUCCAGCAGGUAUCCAAUGCGUGGAACGAUCCCUUCCAUCAAUUCAUCGCUAGGCUGGGAUUCAAGAGGAGUGGUCAGUGUCUGAUAUUUGCGAGGCGCGAGCGAUAAAACGGUCUACCUAAUCUUAUACGUAGACGAUGUUCUGGUAAUCGGAUUUAGCUUGAAUGAGAUACAGAUUGCUAAGAUUUGUCGAUCAAUGGAAUUCGAUAUGACCAUCACUAGUUAAGUCACUGGUUUCCUUGGUAUGCGGAUUGAAAGAAAUAUUGACAAGCGUAUCUUGAUCAUUAUCCAGCCUAGAUACCUCGAAGAAUUGUUAAAUCGUUUUAAUAUGGCUGACUGUAAACGAAGCAAAGUGCCGAUGGAGUUUCAUCUGAAGAGUCGCAACGUUCAGCGAAGCCGUAUAGAGAGUUGAUAGGUUGUUUGAUGCACGUAUCCUUGUCAACUCGUUCAGAUCUUCUUGAAUCGGUCCACUUCUAUAAACCGUUCCAAAGUUGUCCUGCUGAGGAAUGUUCAGUUUCCUAGUUUUUCUUCGCGUUGUGGUCUGAACACGGCAGUGUUUUCGUUAUACACAAUAUUGCACCCGUCUAUUUUGCUCGUUGUGCCCAUUUGUGUAGGUAUGUAAUAGAGACCUCAACAUCUAAGUAGGAGUUUUCCCACUAUUUGGGUUCUUGUUUGUCCGGCGGACCCUAUUUGUCAGGGCGGCCUAGAUGCUUCUAGCUGAAUUUCGGAUUUUCGUAAACAAACUAAUAAAAGCAAACUAAACUUAAUUUUACCGUAUUUAUCUCUUUUAUUCUGUACACUUCAAUGAUGCUGUUGGUGACGGAAAUGGGUCGCGGUUUGUUACCGCUUCCGAUCGGUCGUGAUUUCCAACGACCGCAUUCUUCCUGCUGCGAAUGCUGGUUGUCAUUGGUUGUUCCCGCAGCGGUUAUUAGCUUUUAACUAGGAAAGUGAGCAAGGCUUCUUUGUUGCAACCUCCCUAGCAAAUCGUUCAGCAGCAAGCGACCCCGGAAGUCACCGAAGUGCACUUCCCAGGGGAAAGCUUUGCACCCUGCUUCGUUCUUGGAAAUUGACUGUUCAGGAGACCUUAGCUCGUUUGACUGAUCCUUCACAGUGAGAACGGUCGGUGUUCGGUUCCUUGGAUUUCAACCGGAGACGCGAGAACGCUCCUUUACGGUUAGCUGUCCCAAUACGGCGAACCAACACCACACACAUGAGUACCCGAACCUCGGGUCGGCACUUUUCGACGGGGAUUUUCACCAUCGCAUACGUGCACUUUACACCACUGGUUACUUGGCGGUAAACUGUUUUGGAAAGAAGCGGUGUGUGAAGGAGACAGUUGCGGACCACGGCAUCGAAUACACGCCCUGAUUAGUUUUGUUUUUUUUUCUGGGACCGUUUCCCGCGUUAGAAUAGGUGGAACAAAAUUCGUAGUGAAUAUUUUUUGCGGCGUGUGCCCUGUUGCCUCGUGUGCGAACGGGGUUAUUCUCCCUGUAUUUCAAACCGGUUGCGCCUUUGUUCCAGUACACUUGUAACAAUUGAAUCCGUCCAACGUAAACCGAACAUCUGUUGCGAACAGACCGUACACCCCAAAAUGUUGUGAUAAAAAUUGAUCAAUUCAAAAUGCUGAAAACUCAGCAAUUUAAAUUCAACCCUUUGUCAGAUUCUUUUUGUUGAAAAUUCCGCAAUUUAGUUGUCAAAGUGACAGCACAACCACCGAUUGUUCAGUAAUCCAGCUCAGAUUACUGAAAAUUCGGUCAAUUGACUAGUCCAUGUGCAGUUGUGUUAGUGCGAGAUUAAGGUUAAAUCGAGUGGAAUUUUUGCCAAAUGAGGUUAAAUCAGAUGGCGAAUUCUAAACAUCGCGUUAUAUGUAUGUUUUCUAUACACAUUGCAACUGUGUUGGUAUCCUAGACGUCAAAUAAGUCAAUGUGAAGUCAUUUUGACAAAUCAAUUGCUGACUUUUUAGCAACAGAAAUCUGUCAAAUGGUUGAAAUUAAAUUGCUGAGUUUUCAGCAUUUUGGAUUGCAGAAUUUUUAUCACAGCAUUUUGGUGUGUAACAUACCCAAUAUGCACCUCCAUCACAGAGUCAACUAGUGAGUGCAUUUGUCAGAUCCACAUAAUAAACACUGCAGAAAAAAAUCACAAAAUAUUUAGAUAGUACAUAUAAAAACGAUAAAACCCGUUGAUACAAAUUGUCUACAAAGAAAGGAAACCCGUUUCUUCCCCAUCUUCCUGAAAAUGCCCUUAAAUUAAUUAAAAACUAACAACAAAAGAAAAGUAUAGUUUUGUACCAUGUUGAUAAAACAAGAACAAGAAAUGAGAAGAAACAUUAGAAAGUAAGUGAAGAGAAGAAAAUGCCAUUCGGGACCACAAAGAUCGCAGCGGAACGCUGGAGCUGUCCAAAAAAAACUACGAUAAAAAUCGAUGGAAAGAAAAUGGAAGUUACCACAUACCCAAAUACAUAUACUAAAACUCUCAAAUUAAAUUGGAGAUUAAAAAAACAAACACGUGAUGUAAGGCGAGCCAUAAUCAGGCACACUAUAUACAACUGCAGCACCCUUAGCCGCGCGUAGGUUCAAAAGAGUUCUUGCCACAGCUAGAGAGAAAAAGCAUCUUUAGAAAAUCAUUUUUAGAGGACGGUACCAGGGUUUUAGAUUGGGAAAUCCAACGUAUCUUCAACUAGGUUUUGGACAACAUGUGCCUGACAACCGCAGCAAAGUAGAUGAGCCAGUAACCAUUUAGUGACCAAAGUAUGAUAACAGAUUAGCAGCGAAACGGGAACACCGAUCCCGCUAUCACUAGGAUCGGGAUGGGUCACUUCCGUUACCACGUUUCAGGUCGAAUCGAAACCAGUUCGAUCUCUCCGCUGUGAAGUAGAAUGUUCCUUUUGUUCGUUUUGUUCCGUACAUGUAAAAACUCCUCUAUUGAAAAAAAAUGAAGAGCUUAUUGUGUGUAUGUGGAAAACUCACAACCCGCAAAAAGAAAUUAGUCAAACAAUGUGUUGUCAGUGGUCACACAUUUCGUUGUUUCCGGAAGGAGUAAGAAAAUAAUUUAAAAAUAAUGUGCUAAUUGUGAUCCUUUAUAGAGAAGAGUGCUGGUUUGGUUUUCCCGUUUUUUGAUACGUUCCCUUUCCGACUAGUUCAAUACGUACCUUUUCGUAGAUGGUUAACUAGAGUAAAUAAAGUUAGUUGGUCUUUAGAGCGAAAGCCAAGCGAGCAUGAUAGAGAACAAAACAAAAUCACAAGUCGGUUAUAAUGAAGUAAAACUUACAACAAAAAAAAAACUGUACCUUGUAAUUACUGCGACUAUGAUAGCCAAGCAUAAAGAAGAUUAUAGUGAAAUACAAAUAAAAGUCGUUAUGUUUCUGUUUUUCCUAAUGUAAAGUAAAACUGAUGAGUCCUUAUGAUAAGCUAGAGAAAACUGUAAACCGUAAGAAAGCAGCCACUGUUAUCGUCAAUAUUUAUUUUACUAAAAGAUACUCGAAAGAAAUAUGAAUGAAAAAAAAAAAAAACAAAAGAGAUACUAGCAUAAGGUAAGGAAAAAAUAACAUUCAAACAACAAGGUAUCAAGUCCGGAAACUGUAGUACUUAAGGGACGAAAAAAACAGAAACUGAAUAUUUGCAGAUAGAGGAAAAAAGCAGAACAAACCAAUGAUCGUGUUUGUGGAAAUCAAUUUGUCAAUCUAAUUACUAACCUUUUGCCCAACUACAGUCCCCAUGUAUAUCCCCACAUAUACAUGUGUCAUCGUACAGGCAUGAAAGUGAGAGAAAAUUAUAAAAAAAAUAUUAGAUGUAUAUACACGAAACAUUAUAAAAUCUGUA